AUGUCGCUGUGUGGCUUCAAGCAGAGACCCGGUUUGCGGAGGGGGGAUGGAUGGAGGAACCCGGAGCCGUCCUCCCUUCUGGCUGCCAGAUCACCGUGUUGGGGGAGGGGGGGAGGGCACAGUUCAGACCCCCUCCCCCCCCCCGGCUCCUCACAGCUCCACGGGGGUCGAGCCGCCGAACGCAGCGCUUGGAGAGAGGCAGGGAGCGCUCGGCGUGCGGCGCUGGGGGAGCCGGGGCUCCAGAAGAGCGGCGUCCCACGAAGGAUCCCAGAGCUCCAGGAGCCCAAAUUCCCCACGCGAAGGAUCCCAGAGCUCCAGGAGCCCAAUUCCCCUCGCUCAGGACCCCUCGCAGCACCGAGAGGGGCGCUUCCCCGUGCGAAGGUCCCCCCCCUCCCCCCCGAGCUCCAAGAGGAGAACAUCCCCGCGCCAAGGACCUCUUCCAUCUCCAGGAGCCCGUUCCCCGGGCCGGGACCCCUCGCGGCUCCAGAAGAGCAGCUCCCCACGCGAGGGCUUUGGGAGCUCCGUCCUGCCUGCGCCGCACCCCGUGCCCCACGCCUGGAACCCAGGGCAGCCCGGGGGGGCAGCAGGAGCAGCGCUGCAGCGCAUCGCACUGAGACACGGCGCCCGGCAGCUUCGGCUCCUUCGGGUGAACAGCGGCGGCAGUGCAAAGUCCUGCAGCGGCAACGCGAGCUCCCGCAGCAGCAGCAGCGUGAACUCCUGCAGCAGCAAUGCAAGCUCCUGCAGCCUCAGUGCAAACCGCAGCAGCCGAGGGGAGCGCCGUGCAGGCAGUCGGAGCGACGUUGCCGCACGCAUUUUUUCCCCCCACCUCGUGUUGCACCGCAGCAUUCGGGACGUCCCUUCCUUUCAGGUAAAGCCCCACCAAGCAGCCCCCAUUUCCGUGGCGUUGGGUCGCAGCCGCGCCGUGGGGUUGAGGUGGGAACGAAGGGAUCCCCCGUGGGUUCUGAGCUCGGUUUUGCAGCUCUGCGCUGCUCCGUUGUGCUGAGGGGGGGAGCGCUGCCCCCCUGCGCUGCCAUUGGGGAGCAGAGUUUGUGGGGCUGCUGGCGCUGCGCUCUUUGGGGUCCCGCGGUGGCACCCACAAAACUGUCGCUGUUUUGUCCCCAUCCCUCCGUGCCCCCUUUGGGUUGUGGGGUGGCCGCGUGGCCACAAAGGAGAGGAGGAAACCUUCAGAGCGGCGCUGGAAUGUCAAAGUGCGCCGUGCCUAUGGGGGGGGGAUUGGAGGGGGCUGCAGCUUUCUGAGCCCCCCAACCCCAUCGCUGCCACUCUGGGACGGGCAGAUGGAGGGGGGGGGGGAGGAGAUGGGCACCGAUGGCCGCAGCCUCGCUGUGCUGAGCUCUGUGCUGAGCUGCGCUGCGCCCACUCUGCACUCAGGACUCGGCUGCGGGCUCCCCCCCCCCCCCCCUCAAUACUAUGGGGAGCAGAGCGAAACAUGGGGCAGGGGAGGGGAAAGAAGGCUGCGAGUGCUGCUCGUACUGCGCUGUGUGUUUCUGCGCUUUGGUUUGCUUUCCCUUUUCGUGACGCUCAGCUCGGUGUUCGUCGUUCCUCCCUAUGGGGGGGGGGGG